CAAUUUCACUUCAUUUCCCAAGUUAAAUAUCCAACUAUUCUACUUCUCUUCGUUAGCUUUCUCUUUAUUUCUUAGCAUGAGAACUUGCACCAAAGGCCAAAUUGCAGAAGAGUCAGAACCUAGUGGAGAUAGCAUGCUCAGAAUGAGCUCUAGCAGCACAAAGAGCUUAUCACAAAAGCUGGAGAAUAUAGAUGAAAAUGGUCCUGUUCUUUGGCAAGCAGUCUCAUGUGACGCACCUGAAACUCCUACCGAGUCCAUGGAGUUUCUUGCUAGAUCAUGGAGCCUUUCAGCCAUGGAACUCUCUAAAGUUCUUUCCAAAACACAUGUAGCUUCUGAAAACGUUGAGAAGCCUCCUUGGUUUUCUGCUCAAGCUGAAGGGCAAGAUGCAAGUGCUACAGCUCCCACAGAAUCUCAUUUUCAACAGUUAACUAGUGGUGGUAAUGGCAGCCCUCCAAUAUCUUCAAGGGAUAGUGAAGAAAUGAAGGAACUAAUUUUACUUCAUCAAGCACUCAACCCAGAAUUCCUUUCAAGUCAACAACUGCUCAAAACUGGGCUAUACAAGAGCAUAAUUAAAGGGAGAACAAUGGGAAGAUGGUUGAAGGAUCAAAAAGAGAGGAAGAAACAGGAGAUCAGAGCUCAUAAUGCACAACUACAUGCAGCUGUAUCUGUUGUAGGGGUCGCUGCUGCUGUUGCAGCUCUAGCUGCCUCAAAUGCGAUGUCAGUGGAAAUGGCUUCAACCUGCCAGAAGGCACAUUCCAAAACACCAGCUGCAAUGGCUUCAGCAGCAGCUCUAGUAGCAUCUCACUGCAUCGAGAUUGCAGAGGAAAUGGGUGCUGAACACGACCAAAUCUUAACAGUUGUCAACUCUGCUGUAAAUGCAAGGACUAGUGGAGAUAUCAUGACCCUAACAGCUGGAGCGGCUACAGCCUUACGAGGAGCUAACGCUCUAAGGGCAAGACUGCAAAAGGGACAUGGAAGUACAGCCUUUGCUCUGGUGGAGGAAAAGGGUGAAGAAGGCAAAGAAUCUAACAUCUUGGCAGCGCUGAACUUUGUGACAAGAGGGGGAGAACUUCUCAAACUUACAAGGAAAGGAGCUCUCCACUGGAAGCAAGUUUCUUUUAACAUCAAUUCAAAUUGGCAGGUGGUAGCUAAAAUGAAAAGCAAGCACAUGGCGGGAACAUUCACAAAAAAGAAGAAGUGCGUAGUGUCUGGAGUAUACAGAGACAUACCAGCGUGGCCUGGAAGGGAGAAAGAAGACUGCAACGAGCAAAGAUCUUACUUUGGGAUAAAAACAGCUGAAAGAGUGAUAGAGUUUGAGUGCAGAAGUAAAGAUGACAAACAGAUGUGGACUGACGGGAUUCAGCAUAUGCUCAGUUGCCGUACCAAUAUAAAAUCAGAGGCAAAUUUCAAUUGCUGCAAAACUAGCUUUUGACUUCGCAAAGUGACUAACAAGAAAUGUAUAUCUUAGACUUCCUUGAAAAUGUAAAUGCACUUAUGACAA